UUAAAAUGGCAGAGCCAUGUUGCUAAUUCAGAUCAGUCUGAUUCCACUGAACUCUUUUUUUCCUGCACCAGGUUGGAUUCAGAACAGGAAAGAGUUAAGGAACGCCAAAAAGGCAGUGAGUGGGAGAACCCAGGUGCUGGGAGUGUGUUCUGAGCGAACACUGUUAGAGUAACACAGAUGGAGAAGAAAACUUACGCGCUAUCAGCACAGUAUCCUUGAGCAGAAACGCUCUUUUUUAAUGGAGUAAUACUCCGUAUCUCUAAGGAUGCCACUAAAAUUAAAAAGAAAACAUGUCCAACUUAGGAAGUUCAUAUCAGUAACCGCUUUCAAUCUUGGCACUUCAUCCUCGGCCUCUGAUUCCCUAUAGCAGCGUUACUGGAGUAGACCUGGGGUACCACAGCUCUGAGAAGCCUCUCGGAAGGGAAGUUCCCAACAUCUCGCGAGCGAAACUCGAGCGCCCCCCUCUGCGCGUGCGCGCACCUUGCCCUUUACGACUGCGUCCCGCAGGCUCCGCCCGGGAGGCCUCGCGGGCCGAGUUCUCGGCCGGCCGCGGCCGCUUUGUGGAGUCGGGUUUCCAGCCACCCGCGGAAGGUCAGCGGGGACGCCAGCCGCUCGGCGCCUGCGCGGACGUCGGACGUCCGUCACCAUGACAGCACCCGCUGGGGGCCCGGGAUCUUGGAGUGAAAAUAUACUGGAAUAUUUUCUAAGAAAUAACCAGAUUACAACAGAAGAUGGCGCUGAGAUUGUCUGGUAUCAUGCAGCUAACCACAAAACACAAAUGAAUGAAGCACUGAAAAGUACUGCUCACAUGAUAGAGGCUGAUGUCCUUCUUCCAAAUGAUGGAUCAGAGCAUGACCAGCCAAUAAUGGCCCACCCUCCUGAAACAAACAGCGAUAAUACCCUACAGGAGUGGCUGACUCAAGUUAUGAAAAGCAAUAAAGGCAUCAAGCUGGAUUUCAAGAGUCUGGCAGCUGUAGAACCAUCCAUGAUGCUCUUGGAAAAUGUGAAGAAGCAUCUGAAGCGUCCUGUGUGGAUUAAUGCUGAUAUUCUUCCUGGUCCAAAUGGAAAUAGCAAAGUAGUUGAUGCCAAACCAUUUAUAGAAACUGUGACAUCCUUCUUUCCAGAUGUGACAUUGUCCCUGGGUUGGACAACAGGAUGGCAUCCUGAGAAAGUCAAUGAAGGGUACAGUUGGCCAAUGGUGAAAGAGAUGGAAUACAUAUGUAAUGAACUAAAUCAGCCCGUAACAUUCCCUGUGAGAGCGGCGUUAGUCAGGCAGUCUUGUUCUCAAUUACUUUGGCUGUUAAAGAAAUCAAACAGAUACAGCCUGACUAUUUGGACUGGGAAAAAUGAUCACUAUUCCACUGAAGACUUACUUUAUAUUAGAGACCAUUUUGACAAAAACCAAGUUUUCUAUGACAUCUUGGAACCACAAAACCAUGAAUUUAAACAAGCUAUUGGAAUCAAAGUUAACCGCUAAGAAGAAGAGUCUUCUAAGUAUGGUUUCGUAACCCUUCUCUGCAUUGGUCUGAAUUAACUAUCCUGUAAAUUAUGAUUAUAGGCUUACGCUCUAAUUCACCCUAUCAGGAAACAUUGAUUGUAUGCUUACUCUGUGGGCAUAUGUUCUUACAAUAGUGCAUCUAUGUAAAAAAUUUGGAAAGGAGAUUUCAGUGGCCUGGUAUAACAAUAAUUUAGGAAAAUGAUACUCUGAAUCCCUUUAUAAAGAAUAACUUUGAUAUAACUGAAGAUGAAUAAGAGAAUCCACAUGUGUCAUAAAACAGGUAUAAAUCACAUUUUAUUGCCACUUGCAUUACAGAGAGUAUGAAAAAUAAGGCACUCUUUUCCUUUUCCUUAAAAACUGAUUAUUUAGAGAUAAAAGUAGGAGGGCUUUAAAAAUGUUUUGAACUUUCACAGGGGUGAGCAUCUGUCUCAUAUCAAGAUCUAUAGAUUAAAUUAGAUGGAUCUAGAAUUUACAUUUUGUUGGGAAACAUAGGAGCAGCUAAAUAUAUUUUUUCUUUCUACAGUAUCUUAUCUGUAGUGAAAAGUAGACUGUUGGAGAGCAGUUCUAAGCCUUGUAUCAUUUGCUUCCCAAAUUUCUUACUGCCACCACCUUCAUUCAGGUCCUUGUUCUACUAUUAGAAUCUCAUGAGCUACUUCUGACUGCAUUCCUCACUCAACUCAGAGAUGCCCUAAGUUUUUCUGCAAAACAAAACUUUCUUAGGCUGGGUGCAGAGGCUCAUGCCUGUAAUCCUAGCACUCUGGGAGGCCAAGGCAGGUGGAUUGCCCUGAGCUUACAGGUUCGAGACCAUCCUAAGCAAAAGCAAGACCCCGUUUCUAAAAAUAGCUGGGCAUUGUGGCUGGCACCUAUAGUCCCAGCUACUUGGGAGGCUGAGACAAGAGAAUGGCUUAAGCCAAACAGUUGGAUGUUGCUAUGAGCUAUGACACCAUGGCACUCUACCAAGGGUGACAAAAUGAGACUCUGUCUCAAAAAAAACCCCCAAAACUUUCUUUAUUAAAUACCCUUUUUUCAUGCCAAAUAAAAAAUCUUCAAGGCCUUAAAUUCAAUUUUACUCCGUUUUCCUCUUUCAGGACCCUUCAUAAUGUGGUCCCACCCUAACAGUCAACUUCAUGUACUCCAACACAGCCCUUCAUUUCAAAAAUUCCUUCAGCAUCAGUUGUCUGUAGAUCCUACAUGAACAGUUAGUGUUGACUGUUUGAUGAACUGACUGUGUCAUGUGCGUCUCCUCCACUCUGUGGUAAAUCCUUCAUGGUAAGGGUGCAUACUUCAAUAUCCCUUACAGCGCCUGGCAUAGUCCUGAGCAAAGCGUUCACAAAAAUAUGUACUUCUUUGAUUUAUUAAAAAGAAAUUUACCAGUGAAUGUCCUAAAGUAUGUAAUUUCCUCUUUUAUUAAUACACCAUUUUUCUCCAAGAGAAGAAAGCAGUUCUAUUUAGAGAAAAAAGCUUGGACUUUGAAUUCAGACAAACUUCCCUUACAGCUCCAUAUCGAAUCCUUCCUAGCAAUAGACUUUAGGAAAUCCAUAAUGUCUUUAACUAUAGGUUUACUCAUCUGUAAAAUGGGGAAAAAAUGAGAAUUCUCUCACAGGGUUCUUUUUUUUUGGAGACAGAGUCUCACUAUGUCACCCUCGGUAGAGUGCUGUGGAGUCACAGUUCACAGCAACCUCAAACUCGUGGGCUUAAGCGAUUCUCUUGCCUCCGCCUCCCAAGUAGAUGGGAUUACAGGCGCCUAUCAUAAUGCCCGACUAUUUUUUUUUUUUGUAAUUGUCAUUGUUGUUUGGCAGGUUCAAACCCACCAGCCCUGGUGCAUGUGGCCAGCGCCCUAGCCCCUGAGCUACAGGCACCAAGUCUCUCAUAGGGUUCUUGUGAGAAUUAAGUGAGAUUCAUGUGAUUGAGACUUUCUAGCUCAAUGACAUACUAAACGCUUAACAGACUAGGUUAGUUUCUCUUGUUUUAGACUUGUCAUGUGAUCAUGUCCAUUAGGGAUAGAUAACACUAAGAAAAACUAAGAUAGCACUAAUUAUGAAGUACUGUAGUCAUAUAGACGCUUAAAGACAACAAUUACAGUAUUUCCACUUUAAAUUUCAGCUCCAGUUGAAUGGAGUGUUAUUUGUAAAUGAUACCUAAAACUUCACUUUCUAUGGUUGUUUGGCAAAGGUGCAAUUUUAUUAUAAAAUUUCAACAAUUGCAAUAGAGCAUAAUCUUUUAACUAUAAUAAAAAAUAUUUACAAAUGUUCUACGAUGAUCAUGCAUUACUAAAGACAUCUGAAUUUAUAACUUAACUACUAUUGGUUGAAGUUUGAAAUAAAAUUCAUUGGUCUAGAAUAUUCUUGUUACUACUUAUCCUUGAUUUUUUAAAAAUAUUAUGGUAAAAUAAUUUUGUAUUGAGAAAUCUAUAAGCCAAAUAUCACUUAGAUUAGAUUUAGAGGUGUAUUUUAAACUGUUACUAGGAAUAAAAACACAUAAGAGAAUUGUAAAACAUAUAUUGUUGAAAAGUAAAUUUUUAAUGGUUUAACCAUAUGGAAAAAAAUAACCUACCUUACAUCAUACACAAAUAAUUUGAGCUGAAUCUUAGGUUUACAUGUGAAAGCCAAAACUAUAAAGCAUUUAGAAGAGAAUAAGGAGAAUGUUUCCGUGACUUUGGAGUAGGUAUUGGUUUCUUACAAUCCACAAAGCACCAGCCAUAAAGGAAAUGUUGAAAAAUGAACUUUAUCAAAAUUUAAAACUUCUCAUCAAAAGAUACUAUUGACACAUAUGUGAGAGAAGUCAUAUUCAGAAUAUGGAAAGAACUCCUGUAAACUGAUAAGAAAAAAAACAAAUCUAAUUAAAAAUGGACAAAAGACUUGAUACUUCACACACACAACAAGAUAUUCAGAUGGCUAUAAGACUAACAAAGGGAACUCAAUAGAAUUAUUUAUCCAGGGAAGGCAAAUUUAAACCAUAAUGAACACCAGUACAUACCUACAAGAAAGACUAAUAUUAUAAAAAUGGAUGAUACCUUUUAGGAAAAAAAAGAAAGCGAUUUGGCAGUUUCUAAUAAGUUUCAUCUACCUUAAGACCCAGCCAUUCUAUUUAUAGGCAUAUACUCAAGAGAAAAGAGCUCAUACAUUCAUAUGAAAGAAACGAGAAUAUUCUUAGCAACUAUUCUUAAUAGCUAAAAACUGGGAACAACCCAAAUUUUCAUCAACAAGGGAAUUAAUGAUGGUAAAUUCAUACAAUGAAGUUACUACACAGCACCAGAACACUUUGAACUACUGAUGCAUAGAACAAUAGGGUGAAUAUUAAAAACGCUGCAAAUGAAGCAGACACAAAUGAGUGCAUACUAUGUGGAUCCAUUUAUAUGAAGAUCAAGCACAGCCAAAAGUAACAGACGGUGCUAGAAGUCAGAAUAGUAAUUACCUGUGAGGUUCUACGGGGUAUUUUCUGGGAUGGAGCAUGUGGGAACUUUUUGGGGUGAUGAAAAUAUUCUGGGGUGGCACCUUUGGCUCAGUUGGUAAGGCGCCGGCCCCAUAUACUGAGGGUGGCGGGUUCAAACCCAGCCCCGGCUGAACUGCAACCAAAAAAUAGCCGGGCGUUGUGGCGGGCGCCUGUAGUCCCAGCUGCUCUGGAGGCUGAGGCAAGAGAAUCGUGGAAGCCCAAGAGCUGGAGGUUGCUGUGAGUCCUGUGACAUCAUGGCGCUCUACCCAAGGCAGUAAAGUGAGACUCUGUCUCUACAAAAAAAAAAAAAAUAAUAUUCUGUACCUUGUUCUGUGGGCAGUUAUUUUGAUGCGUACAUAAGGCAAAAAUAUGAGUUAAACAUUUAGUAUUUGUACAUUUUACUACAUGUAAAUUACACAUCAAUUUUCAAUAUUUUUAAAGGCCUUGAUAUAGAAACAUGCAGUAAGUACAGUGCUAUGCAGACACUGAAAAGUUGAUAGUGUCUAUUUUCAGAUGUUGCAGAAUAUUACUGCAGGUUGUAAAAGCAUGUAUGGUAUACCAUUUAUGUAAAAUUAUGUGUUUUUUAUGUACAUAGAAACAUUUUGGAAAGACAUUCAAACACACAAAGUAAGCGAAUGAUUAAAUGCCACCUACUUGUCUCCUCUAGACUUGGGUCUAAUAUAUUGGUGUUAUAUAGCAUCUGAAGGCUAUUUCCCAAGACUGGCAGAGCAAUCCACUUCCAAAAAAUUCAAGGUUCUUUAGGGAAAAUAGGAACUGUUGGAACAAACACUUUUUGACCACAAGAAAAAAGACUGCAAAUCUUGCUGACAUUGACAUCUGAGCUGGCAGGCAUAAACGAGAGCCGAGUAACUGGAAUGGUCCUGCAAGCUGAGGUCAGCCCCACUCUGCAGGAGCAAAGAAACAACUUCGGGCCCAGCUUUCUCUAAGCAAGCGUGCAUCAGGGCAGUUUUCC